AUGCGUUCACGACUUUCCCCCUUGGGGCUAGUCUCCCUCCUUGCAGGCACCGUCGUAGCUUCGCAGGACCUGUCGCAGUAUGUCAACGUGUUUAUUGGCUCCGAAGGACCAGAAGCUGGCACGGGGUUCGGCGGUGGUGAUAUCUUUGUUGGCGGGACGCGUCCAUUUGGCGUUGCGAAGGUCGGGAUUGACACGACUGCGGUGGAUUGGAGUACGGCUGUUUUGAAUGGUGGAUGGACCCCCGAUGGCAAUGUUACGGGUGUCAGUAUGAUGCAUGAGAGUGGUACGGGUGGUUCGCCGAAGUAUGGAUUGAUUUCGCAGAUGCCGUUGACCACGGUUGAUGCGCCGGUUAACGUGCUUGAUAACUUGACCUAUAGUCAGCCGAGAGUUGGCAAAGAUACGGCAACGGUGGGAUAUUUCAAGACUCAGUUGAAGAGUGGUGUCACCAUUGAGUUGUCUGCUUCACGUCAUAGUGGUAUUAUGAACUAUUCUUUCCCGGAGGGUGAGAAACACGUCCUUGUUGAUGUCUCUCAUUAUCUUCCUGGAUCUCCUGGUGAUCCCAAUGGGCAGUUCUUCACCAACGGCGAGAUUCGGAUUGAGGAAAAUGGAAAGGCCUACUCUGGAUAUGGAACCUAUAUCGGCGGAUUCAACAACGGUGCACCUUUCACUGUCUACUUCUGGGGAGAAUUUUCCGAGAAGCCAGAAAAGGCCCAGGCAUUCUCGGGAGACAACACAUCUCCCAUGCCACGCUACCACAACCAUGACAACGGCGGCAUCGCGCAAGCAAAGUUCGGAAAAUCGCAAACAAUCACAUCAGGUCCCAUGAAUGACCGCAUCGGUCUCCUUCUUAGCUGGAAAGACGGCGCUGCUUCGCACAUCAUCUCACGCGUUGGAAUCUCUUCCAUCUCAGCUGACAAGGCUCGCUCGUAUAUCCAGAAGGAGAUCCCGUCCUGGAAACUGAAUGACACUGUCACCGACUCCGUGAAGGAGUGGAACGAGGAUGUUUUCAGUAAGGUUCAAGUUUCGCUAGAUGACUCGGCGAAUAUGACCCAUGUUCGGUUGUUAUAUAGCUCGCUGUACUUCAUUCACAUGAUGCCCUCGGACCGCACGGGCGAGAACCCUCUUUGGGACUCGGGAGAGCCGUACUGGGAUGACUUUUAUACCAUGUGGGAUAUCUUCCGCUGCACGGUUAGCUUCUAUCAUAUUUUCCAGCCCGAGUACUACGAGUCUAUGAUUCGUGGCGUCAUCGAUAUCUACAAACACGAAGGUUACAUGCCCGAUGGCCGCUCCGGCAACUGGAACGGUCUCAGCCAAGGUGGUUCCGACGCCGAUAACGUCCUCGCCGACGCAUACGUCAAAGGACUACGGGGCGGAAUUAACUGGACCGAAGGAUACCUUGCGAUGAAGAAAGAUGCAGAAGUAACACCUUAUAAUACCUUCGACCCUACAGACUUGACUGCCAGUACGAAAGAAGGCCGCGGUGCCCUGGAUGACUGGAAAGAGCUGGGGUAUGUUUCGCAAGACCGCAGCACCCGUUGUAUCUCGCGAACCGUCGAAUACGCUCUCAAUGAUUUUGCCGUUAGCCAGGUUGCCAAGGGCGAGAUGCCUGGUGAUGUCGAGACGUAUCUUAAUCGGUCGGCGAAUUGGCAGAAUAUCUGGGAUCCCAGUGUCACGAGUUUGAACUUCACCGGAUUCUUGGCCCCGAAGCUUUCAAAUGGGAAGUUCAAUUCUAGUGACUAUGAUCCGCUGCUUUGUGAUGGGUGUGAGUGGCAGUCGAUUACUUAUGAGGGGAUUCCGUGGGAAUACUCCUUUGUGAUUCCUCACGAUGUACAGACACUUGUCAAGUUGAUGGGUGGUGCUGAUACCUUCGAGAAUCGUCUGGACUUGAUGUUCAAACCGAACAUGUCGGUCCAAAAUCUUGGUGCCAAUGGUGCGGGAAUCACUACGUUGAUCAAUAUAGGAAACGAGCCUGACUUUGCUACUCCCUACUUAUACAACUACAUCAACAAGCAGUCCAAGAGUGUGGAUCAAUCCCGCAGCCUGGCCACUCAGUACUUUAAAGACGUUGCCUACGGCAUCCCUGGUAACAGCGAUGCCGGUGCCAUGAAUUCCUGGCUGUUAUGGCAGAUGCUCGGUAUUUACCCAAUCGUCACACAGCCCAACUACCUGCUCUCCUCACCCUGGUUCCCCGACCUCAACAUGACAAUCAACGGGAACAGCACUCUGCGGAUCUCCGCCACGGGUUUGGACGAGGGCUACUACGUGCAGAGCGUGAAGAUCAACGGCAAGCAGUGGACUAAGAAUUGGUUCGAGCACGACGAUGUCAUGACGCGGGGCGGACACAUCGAGUUCGAACUUGGCAAGGAUGAGAAGGCCUGGGAGUCCGGCGAGGCGCCGCCCUCACCCGGGCAUGUGGAUCGGAACUAG